AUGUCCGACGUCCCACCAACCGAGUCCAUUCCCAAACCAGAGGAACCUAAAGAACCACAACAGUCUCCUCAGCAACCUCAGUUCCAGCAAGUACCUCCGAAUUACUACCCUCCUCAGCCUAUGCCUUACUUCCCCAACCCUUGGUUGUUCCAGCAAGCUCCACCCCAGCAAUUCCAAUUCCAAUCUCAAUCGAAGAGAGACCAAGACUUCGAAGAAGGUCUGAACCGUUUACGCAAAGAGUAUGCUACAGCUCCAAUGGAAGAUGACAGGCUUUCAGUCUCUUCCCUAAGGUCGACCAAUUCGACUCGUACCACAGAUUCGGUUCGUGACCGUGAAGACUACCUCAAGCAGUCUGAGAGACUCUUCAUCUUACAGCCAUUUACAGCUGGAGCUCUCAAGAACAUGCGCAAUUACGAAGGUCAGACACCAGCUGGAGACCGCAAAACAGACGUGCUUACAAGAGCAGUCCAACUGGUCAAGACAAAGACUGAGAUAGUCGACUUCAUUCUUGCAGCUUGCCCUUACAAGUAA